CGAGGAAAGAACAAGGCCGUGCCCGAUUGCGAUGACCCGGCCCGAUCCAUGUCCGAUCGCUUCUCCUAUGGGACUGGAGGGUCCAUCGAAUUCGAACUCAAAUCAACCGAAACCGAGAGAGGCUGUUGAACUCAAAUCCGCCGCCGGCAAUGGCGGGGACUUGCAAGUACUCCUGCGAGACCGCAAGCCAAACCCUAGAAUGGAUCGAUGCCAUCCUCCGCUUCAUCAAGCCGUACGCCUUCCUGAUGAACGCUCACGUCGUCAAUUUCUUCACGGAUAGGUUGUGGGAAGCAGUUGAUAAGGAGUGGAUGGACUGCUUGCGGGAGGAGCCCGUGGAGAAUCUUCUCCCGAUUCCUUGUGGAGAAGUCCAGGAUCACUGGCCUGCUUCGCUCCAGAAUUUCCUACACGACCUCAGGUCUCUUGUUUUUCCUCGAGAGCAGGUGGACUUGCAGAAGAUAUUCCCAGGUUUGACUGUAGCUCCACUUGGUAGUGUUCUCGCCCAAGGCAUGAAUUUCAAGAAGAAACAUGAAGUCGAAGUUCUAUCUGCUAUUACAAGUUACAUUGCAAAGAGGGUGGGAGCUCAGACAGUUGUCGACGUCGGUGCUGGUCAAGGUUAUCUUGCUCAAGUACUUUCAUUUCAAUAUCAGCACUCAGUAGUGGCAAUUGAUGCUUGUUCUCAUCAUGGGAGUGUUACAAAUGCACGGGCAGAAAGAAUUAAGAAGCAUUAUGCUGCUCAAUUACGUAGAUCUGGAUCAGUGAACACGAGUUUACUUGUGCCCAAGACAGUGACGUGCCGGGUUUUGUCAACUGACGUCUUGAAAGCCUUAAGUGACACAUUUAUCCAUGAAGAUGGACAAACAAAUUUGAUAGGAGAGGACAAUGAAGAAUUAUGUGUGAAAAUAGACUCCUCAUAUGGUGAGGGGAAGGAAGAUUCCUUGGUUCUUGCUGGUCUUCAUGCAUGUGGGGAUCUUUCAGUGACGAUGCUCAAGACCUUCGUGGAGUGUGAGGAAGUUAAAGCAGUUGUCAGCAUUGGCUGUUGUUAUAAUUUAUUGUCUGAGGAGGGUGUUGACAAUGCUGGCACGCAGUGCGGCUUCCCUAUGAGUAAUGGUGUUAAAUCUGAGGGCUUCUUACUUGGCAAAUGUGCGCGUGAUCUUGCUUGUCAGAGUGCAGAGAGAUGGAGAAGCCUCGAGAAAGAUGAUGCUAGUCACAACUUUGAGUUGCAUUCAUUUCGUGCUGCUUUUCAGAUGGUUCUUUCCAAGUAUUAUCCGGAUGUAUUGAAAACAAGUCCCUCAAUUGGGCGCCAAGGGAAGGCAUUGCGCCGUCAACAGCGGAGGAGGAACCUAGAGUCUUCGGUGAAUUCAAGUUUGCAAUCACAGAGAGAUUGUGAAGGUGGCCCUCUUGUAAGACAAGUUGAAGCAAAGACAGGUGGCAAAUCAGGCUCGGUGUUGGCCAAACUUGCUAGGCAAGGUGGUGCUCGAUGUGAGGACACUUUAUUUAGAGACAAAUGUCUGCAUUUUGAGAAGUUUAACUUGUCUGGAUUACAUCGCCUGGGGCUCAAGCCUCUGCAGGACAUAAAUUUUCAUGCGAUAUGGAAAGAAACUGGGCCAUUCGCUGAGGUUAUAGGACCUUAUUGGUCUCUGCGAGCUGCUCUAGGAGCUGUUCUGGAAACUCUCAUUGUGCUCGAUAGAUUGUUGUUCCUUCAGGAGAAAGGAAAUUCCUUGGAAGCUUUCAUGUUGCCUGCUUUUGAUCCUUCUUUAUCCCCGCGGAAUUUAGCCAUAGUGGCUGUAAAGAUUUGAGACGAGAUUGGACUGUUGUUCUAACAGGUCUCUCUCUCUCUCUCUCUCUCUCUCUCUCUCUCUCUCUCUCUCUCUCACCUGCACUAUCCGCACAAGCAUGCAGAUGGGCAGGCUCAUUUUUGUCGGUCAUUUCUUGCUUUACUCUUAUUGUCUGUGAGGAUGUACAAUAUCAGAGCAGCGCUGUAAUAAUAGGGUCCUUUUGUGGUUCCUUCUCUCACUUGCCAUAUAUAAUCGGUCGUACAUUCAAAAUCUUUUAUGUUAUAUCUGCAAUAAGCGAUUGCUUUCUUA